GCAUGGUAGGAUAUUACUGUAAUCUUUAUCAGCCAACCAACGGAGAUCGUCAUCAUCAUUUCUGUAAGCUAAUCCACUUCCUGGCACAACACAAAACGAGUAAAGGAAAAAGAAGAGAAAAAACCAAACCCUAAUGAAAUCUAUCCAUUCCUUCUCCGCCUGCCUAGACUAAUUACAUUUCGUCUAAUUCUUAAUUUUGUCCCCCACAAAUUUUCGAAACUGCAAAAUGUCCGCCACAAACACAACUUCUACCCGAUCCACCGAUGAUAUCGUCGACAGAACGCCGUUUCUCUCGCCUAUCGCGUCGAACGACGACAACGGCCACAAUCAGAGCCGUCGAUCCCUUAGGAGGGAGAGCCUACGCCAUGCGGCGAGUUUCUUCCGGAGGGCGAGCAGCCGCCGGAUGAUGCGGGAGCCGUCAAUGGUGGUGCGGGAGACGGCGGCGGAGCAGUUGGAGGAGCGCCAGACCGACUGGGCCUAUUCGAAGCCGGUGGUGGUCCUAGAUUUAAUGUGGAACCUGGCUUUUGUGGCUGUUGCCGUAACUGUUUUGGUUUUGAGCAGAGAUGAGAGUCCGAAUAUGCCGUUGAGGCUGUGGAUCAUCGGUUACGCGUUACAGUGCAUUUUGCAUAUGGUUUGUGUAUGCUUUGAGUAUAAAAGGAAGAGACGACGGAGAAUUUCGUCGUUUAGUGCGAUCGAGGAAGGGAGUUUGAGUCCAGGGUCAGGUAGACGAGAGUCAGGGGAGUAUGUUAGCUUAGCAACGCAAAUUGAGGAGGAAGGGACCAGUGUUGCAAAGCAUCUGGAAUCUGCAAAUACAAUGUUUUCAUUCAUCUGGUGGAUCAUUGGAUUCUAUUGGGUAUCUGCUGGCGGUCAAGUGCUGGCUCGUGACUCUCCUCAACUUUACUGGCUUUGUAUAAUUUUCCUAGGUUUUGAUGUGUUCUUUGUUCUUUUCUGUGUUGCGCUGGCAUGUAUCAUUGGCAUUGCUGUUUGCUGCUGUCUUCCAUGUAUAAUUGCUAUCUUAUAUGCUGUUGCAGACCAGGAAGGAGCUACUAAAGAAGAUAUUGAGCGGCUUUCAAAAUACAAAUUUGGUAGAGUUGUUGAUAAUGAGAAGCUUACUAGUGAAGCACUAGGUUCACAUGAAGGAGUCAUGACUGAAUGUGGCACCAACACACCUAGUGAGCAUGUUCUUUCUCAGGAGGAUGCAGAGUGUUGCAUCUGCCUCUCAGCAUAUGAAGAUGGAGUUGAGCUGCGGGAACUCCCUUGUGGUCACCAUUUUCACUGUGCCUGUGUGGAUAAGUGGUUAUAUAUAAAUGCUACCUGUCCUCUCUGCAAGUAUAAUAUUUUGAAGAGUAGUAACCAAGAUACAGAGGAGGUAUAAAAGAAAUUCAAAUAAUUGUGCAUGAUCAUGUACCUAGAAAGCUUGUGAGCAUUUUAAUGUGCAGCAUCGCAUUAUUCUCAAUACAAGCUUUAUUAAUGUUGUACUAUUAGUGAUUUGCUUGUUUUGGCUUUGACUUUCCUCAGUCUUGUGCAUAUUAGCAUCGUUGUGGGCCCCUCGGCACUAUUCAAAGUGCUGCUUUGCCUUUUUUAGUUUUUAUUUGUUUUGUUUUUAGAUAGGUAAUGGUUGUUGACUCAUGCUUUGUUGAUUUGUUUGUGCCUGUCCUAAUUUCACUUGUAAACUGUGUUUGAUGACCUUUGCAUAACCCUCUGUAAGCGUUUCUUUUUCUUGACUACCUAGAUGAUGCUAAUAAAUCUCUCUUGCUGAAACCGCUUUGAGGUUUA